UCGUCUCUCUCAUCUCUCUCUCUCACACACACACACACACUCUCUCUCUCUCUCUUACACACACACACGCACAUAUAUCACCUGCAGCAUGUAGCAGCGAGAGAGAGCGCUCUUGUCCUCUGGUUGUCUUCACGGGUCUCCAUCGUGUCCUCUCAGCCGCAGACAUGACUGUGUUUCUGGGAUGGCUCUCGGCCCUGGCCAUGGGUGUUGUUUCCGCUCACGUCCUGCUGAAAGUCUUCUUCCCGUACUUCUGGAGGGACCUGUUGUUCCUGAUGAGGGUGAUGAGGUGCGGAGUGAGGCUGGAGCUCUUCAAGUUCACCUCCAGCGUGCGCACGGUCCUGGAGAGGUUCGUGGAACAAGCGCAGCGCUCCCCCCACAAACCGUUCGUCAUCUUCGAGGGGAACGUCCACACGUACCGAGAGAUCGAGCAGCGCAGCAACAGACUCGCCCAUGUUUUCCUGGAGAGUGUCAACCUGAGGAAAGGAGACUGCGUUGCCAUGCUCAUGAGCAACGAACCCGACUUCCUGUGCGUUUGGUUCGGGUUGGCGAAAGUCGGCUGCUCGGUCGCUUUCCUCAACACGAACAUCAAGACCAAGUCUCUGCUGCACUGCUUUAACUGCUGUGGAGCCAAAACUCUAAUAGUUGGAUCAGACCUGGUGGAAUGUUUGGAUGGAAUCCUUACCAGCCUGCUGGAGGACAACAUCCAGGUGUGGGUCAUGAAGAACAGUGAGCACAAACAGGUACACAGUCUGUUGGAUAAGGUUGCUGCCGCCUCUGACCAGCCUGUACCAGCUGAGCUACAUGCCACCACCUCUCUCAAAUCCCCCACCCUGUACAUCUUCACCUCUGGAACAACUGGUCUCCCCAAGGCUGCCGUGAUCACUCACCUGCAGAGUUUGAAGGCAGCAGCAGGCUUUUGGGCAUUUGGGAUGACUGAAGAUGAUGUGGUGUAUAUUCCGCUGCCACUCUACCACAGUGCAGCUUCUUUGGUCGGUAUAGGAGGAACCAUAGAGCUGGGUGCGACCUGCGUCUUGAAGAAAAGGUUUUCAGCCUCCCAGUUCUGGAAUGACUGUAGAAAACAUAAUGUGACUGCUUUCCAGUAUAUUGGGGAACUCUGCAGAUACCUCUGCAACCAGCCUGAGACAGAGGUAGAUAAAGUUCACAAGGUGCGGAUGGGAGUUGGGAACGGCUUGCGGCAGGACGUCUGGCGGGAGUUCCAGAAUCGCUUUGGAAACGUUAAAAUGUGCGAGGUGUAUGGCUCCACUGAGGGAAACCUGUGCUUCAUGAACCAUAUUGGCAAGAUUGGAACUGUGGGCCGAUCCAACUUCCUCUACAAGCUCUUGUUCACGUACGAUCUAGUGAAGUAUGACAUGGAGAAAGACGAGCCAGUGAAGGAUCAGUAUGGUUUCUGCCAGCGAGUGGGAAAGGGUGAGACUGGGCUUUUACUGUCCAAGGUGAGCGCCAUCAGCCCCUUUUUUGGCUAUGCUGGAAGCAAGCAGCUGACGGAGAAAAAGCUGAUGAGAAAUGUAUUCGUGAAGGGAGAUGCCUACUUUAACACUGGUGACCUCAUGUCUGAAGACCAGGAGGGCUUCAUUUGUUUCAAGGACAGAGUAGGAGACACCUUCAGGUGGAAGGGUGAAAAUGUAGCAACGACAGAGUUAACAGAGGCUCUUGGGCUGGUGGAUUUUAUGCAGGAAGUCAAUGUGUAUGGAGUAGAAAUACCAGGGCAUGAGGGCAGAGCAGGAAUGGCGUCUGUGAUUAUAAGACCAGGUCUCAUGUUUGAUGGGAAGAAACUUUUUGAGCACGUGGUGAGGGAUCUGCCAGCAUACGCUCAUCCAAGGUUCAUUAGGAUUCAGGAGAUGAUGGAAAUGACAAGUACCUUCAAGCAGCAGAAGUUCCAGCUGGUGAAAAGUGGCUUCAACCCCUCAACUAUCUGCGACCCCCUCUAUGUGUUGGACUACCAGCAGAAGAACUACAUUCCUCUAACAGACACUAUCUAUCACAGCAUCCUCGCUGGAGAAUACAAGCUAUAGAACUCACAAGUAUGGGUAUGAUGACACCUUUUCAAACAAAGAGGGAGAUAAGUAAGCUCUGCCGAUUCCAGAUAUUUAAUGGAAGUCCAUGAAUACACAAUACAAACAGAUGAUUUACUGUGAUUUGAAUGAAAAUACAUUACUAAGUAAGAGGAUUAUGAUCAGUUGACCAUAUGCACAUGUCUUCUGACUACUUAACACAAAUAUCACGUUAUUUACCAGUAUAAAUUCUUCAAACAGACAAACGAGGCAAUCUAACCAUUCAUACCUUUACACAGGCCUUACCUUUUAAAUAAAAGUACAUAUGUUUGAGUUUAUUAGAGACGUGAAUGGAUUAUAAAACUGAAGGAGUCUGUUUUGUGUAUGAAAGCCAUUUGUGAAUGUUCUUUGUAAUUUAAACAUUAAGACCCUAUAAGGGAUAUGUUGAGACAUGGCUUUCAUGUUUACAUUGUAAU